AUGGAAUCCCAUGAUGAAGAGCAUGCUGCGAAACUGCUUAGAGCUCAAUCACACAUAUGGAAUCAUAUUUUUAGCUUCAUGACCUCCAUGUCCCUUAAAUGUACUGUUGACUUAGGCAUACCAGACAUCAUACACAACUAUGCCCAACCCAUGCCACUCUCCAACCUCAUUGCUUCACUACCAAUUCACUCUUCCAAAACUCACUUCAUCCAUCGCUUGAUGCGAAUCAUGGUCCAUUCUGGAUUCUUCUCUCAACACAGUGACACCGACAGUGACCUGGGAGUCAAGUAUGCACUUACUGAUACAUCUUUACUUCUACUUAAGAGUAAUCCAAUGAGUGUGACACCUUUCUUGCAGUCCAUGCUUGAUCCAAUUUUAACAUAUCCGUGGAAUCAUUUUUCUAAUUGGUUCAAAAAUGAUGAUCUGACACCAUUCCAAACGGCACAUGGGAAGUUGUUCUGGGAGUAUACUAGCAGUGAUCCGAAUAUGAGUAACUUAUUCAAUGAUGCCAUGGUAAGUGACACUGAAUUAGUGAAUAGUUUGUUGAUGGUGGAGAAAUGCAAAGGGGUGUUCAUGGGAUUGGAGACAUUGGUUGAUGUUGGGGGAGGUACAGGGACCCUGGGACAGGCCAUUGCUAAAUCCUUCCCUCAGUUGGAAUGCGUUGUAUUUGAUCUCCCACAUGUUGUUGCUGGCCUGCAAGGAAGUGAGAACCUGAAAUUCGUUGGAGGGGACAUGUUUGAGACAAUUCCUCCAGCUGAUGCCAUUUUGUUUAAGUGGAUAUUCCAUGCCUGGAGUGAUGAGGAGUGUGUGCAGUUAUUGAAGAACUGCAAGAAAGCCAUGUUGAAGAAAGGCAAAGAAGGGAAGGUGAUUAUCAUAGACAUGGUGGUGGAUAAUGAGAAGAAAGAUGAUGAAUCACUUCAAACACAACUCUUCUUUGACAUGUUGAUGAUGGUGUUGGUGAAAGGAAAGGAGAGAAACGAGAAAGAAUGGUUUAAGCUGAUUUCCUCUGCUGGUUUUAGUAACUACAAGAUAACUCCCGUUUUGGGUUUAAGAUCUCUCAUUGAAAUCUAUCCAUAA